AUGCACUCGAACGGUGAAAGCAGUCGGCAAUUACCUAGCCUGUCCUCGAAUUUAAUUGGCAAAACAGCCAUUGUAACGGGUUCCUCCCGGGGCAUUGGUGCAGGGAUUGCGCUCGAACUUGGGCGUAGAGGCGCCGCGGUUAUAAUAACAUAUACCAGCGAGAAAUCAUUCCCGCCAGCAGCCUCAGUAUCCCGCGCGAUCGAAGAGACAGGGUCAGGGGGAAAGGGGAUUCUAGUAAAGGCCGAUAUCACCUCCGCGACAGAUCGACAGACGCUCAUUGACGCAGCCGUGGAGGCGAGACCGAAAAGAAUGAUUGAUAUACUAGUCCACAAUGCUGGUAAUGGAGAUGAUUGCUAUCUCAAGGAGAUUUCAGAGGAAUUUUUCGAAACGCUAGUGAAUGUGAAUUUGAAAGCUCCAGUUUUCCUUACUCAAGCUGUCGUACCUCACAUGCCCCGAGGGGGAAGAAUAGUGCUCAUCACAUCUGCUGCAGCUCGCAUGGGCGUCGCGGAAACCACAGUGUAUGCGGCGAACAAGGCCGGUCUAGAAUCGUUUGCGAGGGUUUGGGCUACUGAGCUUGGUCAAUCUCAUGGAAUUACCGUCAAUUGUGUGAGCCCAGGCCCAGUUGCCACCGAACAAUUUCACAACAGUUCUCCGGAGUUCAAGCAAGCAUUGCAACCAAUGAUCGACAGUACACCGGCUGAGGCACGGAUGGGAGAGGUGGAGGAUAUUGUGCCUCUCGUGAGCUUUCUCUGCUCAGAGGAGUCGCGAUGGGUAACGGGGAGCGUUCUUAGUGGAACAGGUGGACUGCUUCUCUUCUAG